AUGUAUCUCCACAGAUCAGAGUUGGAGGCUGGUAUUGAAAAGCUCAUGAAGACAAUGGAGGACCACGAGGUUUUGGAGAGAUGCAGGAAGUCACUGAGAGAGAUGGAUAAGAUUGAAGAAGAAAACAUAAAAGACUUCAUUAGAGAAACACGAGAUAUUGUCGAUGCUUUUGUGAAGGGAUUGAGAAUCAAGAAGCAGGUUCCGAUUUUUGUUAUUGAUUUCAUAUACACAUUUCUUGUCAACGAUCUUCUCAUCUCAAGUGACAUCAAGGAGAUUAUUAGUGUUAUUUCUGAGGGGAAUUGGUGCGAAGUAUCGAAGAUGAAGAUACUCCAGAUGAGCUACUACAUUAUAAGAUAUGAAAGCUUCAAGGAGGACCUUGCACUGUCCUUGUUUAAAAGCAUAGUGAGAAUGAUUGAUGACAGAAGCAGACAGGUACAGACAACUGCUAAGCCCAUAGCGAUGCAUUUAGUGGAUGUUGUUUUCAGCAGGGCAUGUCCAGUCUUCAAGGAAGAGGUUCAGAGCGAGGAAGGGGAACCUGAGUCUACGGCUGUUUGCCCUGACGUCCUUGAAGGGAACAGGCCUGGGUCUGAAAGACUGCUUGUGAGAGGUGGUUUCCAAUUCUCUAAUUCAAUCAAUGAUGGAAUUACAUUCCUUAAGCAUCUUCUGGAGAAUGGGAAUACCUCGAAGGAAAUGAAUCACUUUAUGGUUGAUGCAGUACUUCUAAUAACCCGUAAAAGCGAUCUUUUUGAAUAUGAGGAGUUCAGGAAGAUAUAUGAUUCUGAAGUGAUGGCUAUGCUGAUGGAGUUGAUAAAAAGGAGAUGCUCUUCCAGGGGGAAUGUCUAUAAGGUACUUGCAAGAUUAGUUGAGAGACAUAACUGUCUGUUCGAAAAGCAGAUCCUUGCAGUGUUUGAUGAAAUGGAGAAAUCUUAUAGUCUACUUGACGACUUGGAGACUGAGAUGUUUUUGGACUUCUUCGGGAGUUUGGACAUCUUGUUGUUUGAAGGCUACUCCUCAACUAUAAGAAGAAUGUUUUUCAACAUUCUUGAAAAUGCAUCGUUUGAUGAUGAAUUUGGAAAUGAGUAUGUAAUCGAUACCAUUAGAAACUCAUUAAAUGGCCAACUGAAGGCUCAGGAGAAGACAAGUGGUAAGUUUCAUUCCUCAACAAAGGCUUUCUUUGGUAAGUUUUCGGAAAUCUUAUAUGCAAAACUGUCUGAUAUCGAUAACGUACAUCCCAAGGUGGAGUGUCUGCUGGAGAUUGUCCUUUGGUUCUAUUCUGUUUCUGGUAACAAGGAGUUUCUGGACAGGUUUAUGGUUCUGGGGUGCAAGCUAGGGUUUACAGAUGUUGUAUGUAGAAAUGCCAUUGAGAACAGAAAGCAUAUACAGGACUCCUGGUGGAUUGUUCUUGAGAACGGUAAGGACCAUCUUGGAAAGAUCAUAGAAUCUAUCUGUAUCUUUGAUGCCGAGGAGAUCUUUUUUCUAAUCAAAGGUAUAGAGCAACCCGAGCCUUCUUGUACAUGGACCUCGAAGGAGAGAGUGGACUUUCUCUUGUCUGUGUUUAAUAUUAUCAAGCCUGUUGUAGUAGAGCCGCUGAACAUAAAGAUAUUUGAGAUGAUUCUCGGAGGGAUACUAAGGGAGAGUGGAAGCGAAGAGGGGUAUCCGACCAAGGUAUUCUGUUCUAUUCUCAUGGAUUAUGUUGGGCAUUUAGAGGCACUAACGCCUGAUGUCGAAAGCGUUAUUUUUGUCCUCCUGCAGAAGAUGCUUGGAAAAGAUCUGGAAAGGAACGGAUUGGAAAUUUUGGAAACCUUGUCUUUUGUCCUUCGAACCAUGACGCCUGAGAGCUGUUGGGACACAAUUCUCCAAUGCAUCGAGUGUUCAUGUAUUCCCUGCCUGUAUUCCUCCUUGUACCCCAUUAUUCGAUGGAUUAUAGAGGGAUGCGGGCAUCUCAUAAGUAACGAGCAUUUUGGAGUGCUUAUAGAUUGUCUGUAUUCGAUGUGCCUGUCGCCGAGCAGCGAAAUAAGCUUAAAGGCAAUAUUUAUCUUCCAGGAUAUUGGGGAGAGCCUAAUGAGUAGGAGGGCUUUUGAUCGAUCUCCCAAGGGGAAGGAAGAGAAGAACAGAGACAUGAAUCCAGCGUGGGCCAAAUACAUAAAGGUAUUGGGGGAGAUGACAAACGAUGGAAGACAUAUGGUGUGUGAAACGGCCAUUAAGUAUCUGGUUAUGUUCCUUGAGGCAGAGUGUGAGGUAAUGAACUCCGAAGAGCUUGACUUUGCAGCAAAUAAUGGCCUUAUUCCUGUUUUGGAGAAGGGAAGGGAGUUUGCCAAAGGCCGGGAUUCAGAAGCCCAUUGUACUUUGAUGCUGAUAAUGGAUGAAUGUAGCAGAACGAUUGGAAAGAUGAAUUACCAUGAGGAGUUGUAUGGAAAGUUUCUUGAGCUUGUUGCAGAUAGCCUGUGCAACACAGACUCUUCGGAGAUACAAAAUAUGUGUAUUGAGAGUCUAAAGAUGAUGACAAACAGGAUUUCAGGGACAAGGGAUGAAGGAAAGAGUAUAUGCCAGGAAGGAAGCGAGCAUAGCCCGGAAGAUAUGGGAUUUAAGGCAGGGAUUGGAGAAAGAAAGUCUCUCCAGCCCCUUCAAAGGCUAAGGGACCUGGUUUUGAACACAUACAAGUUGAUCUUUUCCAGUAUUCCUGUAAACGAAGGAUAUUCUACUAGUGUGUGUCUUGACAUGAUAGACUCGGUCAAAGGAUUUGGAUUCAAAAGCUCUGAGCGUCGCUCUCUGAUUCCUUUGCUUCGAAAGUUUGUCCACAGCGAUUGCCAGACGCUUCAAGAGAAGAUUCUGAAUAUGGUUGGGGAAUGGCCAGCGGAAGAUGGAGGACUUGACAUGCAACUUGAAGCUUACAACGACUGGAUCGAAUUCAAGGAUAUCCGCCUGUCUAGGAUGCUUAUUGAAAGAAUAGGAAGGAUUCUAUCCAAGGAUUUGGAGGAUACGCGGUACUCGGAAGCAGCAAUGGAUUUGGUUGAAUACAGCAAGGAAAAGGCCUUCUGGGAAGACGUUGUUAGAGCGUUUAUGAAGGGGUCUGAAAACAUAAAAACCAGAGCCUCAUUUAUAUCGUUUAUAAAUGGAUGUAGGGUGAUUCUAAAGGAGGCACCGAAAGUGAAAGCCCUCCAAUGCUCACCGGAAACAGAGGGAUGUAGCGGGCUAGGGGAAGAGGCGUCGGAGAGCAUGGCAAAGGCUAUAAAGAAAAGAGAGCGAAUCAUUCUUGAGUUCCUAGCCUUUUACCAUGAGGUUCUGAGUAAGUUUGCUCCAAACACCAAAAGGUUGGAUAGCCAUUCCAUGCAGCCUUUUGACCAAACAACAGAAUCGGAUGUUAGAGAAGGAUAUAAGGUGAUUUUUGAGAUGAGCGAGCUCGGAUCUGGACUUGGAAAAGAGAGUAUUUCCUUCAAAUGUUAUGAAAUACUAUUCCAUGACAUUGAACUUAUUUACAGCGAUGUUGUUGAGAAGAUCAGGAAGGUCCUAACGGAGUAUAACGAGAUGGAAAUGAUAUACAAUGGACUCUAUUCCCGAGUAAAGCAGAGGGAAGUCUAUACUCUGCUGGAGAAGAUAUGGAAGAGCGGAAAUAAGAAGCUUGUAGAUGAUGUCAAGGAUGUUCUUGUUGAGUCGCUCCGAUCCAAGGACUACAGGGUUAUCGAUCAUGUUCGAAAGUGUUUGGAAGUGAUUCUUGUAUGA